AUGUCAGACCUCUAUUAUCUCCGACGUAAAAAAGGUUUCUAUAUACACCCACAUUGCAGGCAAAGGUGCAAGAGGCGGAAGGUGUCCCACGCGUGGAGGUCGCACCUGGCGUCGGGGACCUGGAGCUUGAGCUGCGAGCAGGGGAGCAAGCUCCUCGCGCGGCAGUUCCGCGACGACUGCCUAUACGUGUGCGACUGGCCCGGGUGCGUCCACAAGGAGGAGAAGCGCAAGUACUGGGUGUUCCGAGGGGUUUUCAAGAACUUCAAGCGCACUAGGGCUUGGGGAACCAUUCACGAUGGCAACAAGAGGAAGCUUGAUUUUCCCUGCGCCAUUUGUGCCUGCAAGUUCACCUGGGAUCUCCACUCUGCCUUUUGCUUGCGGCGCGGCUUUGGCUUCCACGGCGACGGCGAGCCUGUCAUUCAGGCUUACGUUUGUCAAAAUGGUCACGUUUCUAGCGCCUGGACCGAUGUUCCCAUGUACACUUAA